ACAGCCGGGCUCCACCGCGACCUUGCAGCCGGAGGUUUCACCCUCUCUCCAUCCUAUGCAAAGCGACGAGGGCCGCGACGAAGACACGUUCAACCUGCCGGCUGACCGGAGCAGCAACCGCCCCACUCCUGAGGCGCCGAUCAUCAUCAGCCCGCCGCAGACUCACAAGCCUGACAUCUACGAUCUGGAGUGGAGGGCGGGGCGUGAUGGAGGCAGUCCAAUUGUUGCCUAUUUUGUCAAAUACCGCAAAGUCGAUGAAAUGGGAACAGUGGUGGGGAGCUGGCACACGGUUCGCGUCCCUGGCAGCGAAAAGACCCUGCGGCUGUCAGAGCUGGAGUCGUCCAGUCUCUACGAGGUGCUGAUGGUGGCUCGGAGCUCAGCGGGCGAGGGCCAGCCCGCCAUGCUCACCUUCCGCACGGGCAAAGAGAAAAGCACCACCUCCAACAAGAAUCCAUCCAAACCUCCCGUCGUCCCGAUGCCCCCCAAAGUGCAGGAAGACAAAACCUCAAACACACACUUUGGAGUCAUCAUACACGACAGAGGUAAAUGUGAACACAAUCGGUGUUAA